AUGGCGGAGGCUCUGUAUCAGCUCGGGGACUCGUUGACGUGGACGCCAACGUCGGCGCCCCGGGGGCAGUUGGUGCUGCUUGAGGACUGCGUGGAGGCCGGCGGGGGGUUUCUGGUGCACCACUUCACGUCGCUCUUCCUCAAGGCCGGCCACCGCGUGUGUCUCGUGGCGAGCGCCAACACCCCGGAACACUAUGCGGCAGGUGUCAACUUUGGGACUUGUCAGAGCAAGCAGCAGCUCCAGGUGCUGGACUGGACCAAACUGGAGGCCGGAGGUGACCAGGAGAGGGGGUGGACCAAAUUGUUCGACGAGUUGAGAGCUUUUGCCGACCAAGAUGGAGACACUAAGGUGUCUUUUGUCCUGGACGACAUCGGCGCACUCAAGUGGACGUUCGGAGACGCUGCGGUGCUCGACUUUGUGCGCUGCUGCAAGACGCUGACUCAGAAGAAGAACGGAGCUGUGAAUGUGGUGCUUCUGAGUCAUGCAGACACGGACCUACCGGGAUCGAGGCCUCUGAGUUCUGCACUCGCUGACAUGGCGACAGUCGUCUUGACCACGAAGCCGCUAAGCACGGGCUACUCCAAGGACAUCCACGGAACGCUGUCCGUGUGUCGUCACAGCCAAGGCUUGGGUGGGAGCUGGUUACACGAGGAUUCGACGGCCAUUCCCUACAAAAUUCUUGAGAGCACGGUCAAGUGUUUCCACUCGGGCGGAGAAGCGCUGCGGUGGAAUUGA